ACUAACUCCGCCGCGAUCUCCCGCAGCCCCGCGCUCGCCGGGCUGACCCGGACCGCGGGUCCCGCCGGGGACACAGACCCCGGCCCGCCUUCGGCUCCCAGACGUAGGUAUGAAGAUGAAUAAUGCAGACCACUGGUUUCGAUGAUGCUGGGCUUUUAUAACUGGAUUCAUUAAGGAAUACAAAGAAAAUUCUUACAGGGAUCAAUAAUGGUGUCUUUUGGCUGCAGAAUGCAAAGUUUUUGGUUUCUGCUCAUUAUCAGCUUCCUGCAGUGUACUGAAGGUUUCAGCCGAGCAGCACUACCAUUUGGUUUGGUGAGGAGGGAGCUCUCCUGCGAAGGCUACUCCAUCGACCUGCGGUGUCCAGGCAGCGAUGUUAUCAUGAUAGAAAGCGCUAACUAUGGACGGACAGACGACAAGAUCUGUGAUGCUGACCCUUUCCAGAUGGAGAACACAGAAUGCUUCCUUCCAGACGCCUACAAAAUUAUGACACAAAGGUGCAACAACCGAACACAGUGUAUAGUAGUUACUGGGUCAGAUGUGUUUCCUGAUCCUUGUCCUGGAACAUACAAAUAUCUAGAAGUUCAGUAUGAAUGUGUUCCUUACAUUUUUGUUUGCCCGGGGACGUUGAAAGCAAUUGUGGACUCACCGUAUUUGUAUGAAGCUGAACAAAAAGCAGGUGCUUGGUGCAAAGAUCCUCUCCAGGCUGCAGAUAAAAUAUACUUCAUGCCAUGGACUCCGUACCGCACGGAUACUUUGAUAGAAUAUGCUUCCUUGGAGGACUUCCAGAACGGACGCCAGCAGACGACGUACAAACUCCCAAACCGAGUGGAUGGUACUGGAUUUGUAGUGUAUGACGGUGCUGUCUUUUUUAACAAGGAGAGAACUCGGAACAUAGUAAAAUUUGACUUGAGGACUAGAAUUAAGAGUGGAGAGGCCAUAAUCAAUUAUGCUAAUUACCACGACACCUCUCCAUACCGGUGGGGAGGAAAGACUGAUAUUGACUUGGCAGUUGAUGAAAAUGGCUUGUGGGUAAUUUAUGCUACGGAACAGAACAACGGGAUGAUAGUAAUUAGCCAGCUGAACCCCUACACUCUGCGCUUCGAAGCCACCUGGGAAACGACCUACGACAAGCGCGCAGCAUCCAAUGCUUUCAUGAUAUGUGGUGUCCUGUACGUGGUGCGGUCGGUGUAUCAGGACAACGAGAGUGAGACCGGCAGGAACGCCAUCGAUUACAUCUACAACACCAGGUUAAGCAGAGGCGAGCACGUGGACGUUCCUUUCCCCAACCAGUACCAGUACAUUGCCGCAGUGGAUUACAACCCCAGAGACAACCAGCUCUAUGUGUGGAAUAACAACUUCAUUCUGCGAUACUCCUUGGAGUUUGGCCCACCUGAUCCUGCCCAAGUGCCUACCACAGCAGUGACAAUAACUUCUUCAGCAGAACUUUACAAAACCACAGUGUCAACCACUAGCACUACGUCACAGAGAGGUCCCAUAAGCACAACAUCGGCUGGAGGAACAAAGGAAGGAAGCAGAGGACCCAAACCACCACCACCCAUUUCCACAACCAGAAUUCCUCCCGUGACAAGUUUCUUCCCUUUGCCAGAGAGAUUCUGUGAACCAACUGAGGCCAGGGGGAUUAGCUGGCCUCAAACACAAAGAGGAAUGAUGGUUGAACGCCCUUGCCCCAAAGGAACACGAGGAACUGCCUCGUAUCUCUGCGUGGUCUUAACAGGAAUGUGGAACCCCAAAGGCCCUGAUCUUAGCAACUGUACCUCACACUGGGUAAAUCAGCUGGCUCAGAAGAUCAGAAGUGGAGAAAAUGCUGCUAGUCUGGCCAAUGAACUGGCUAAACACACCAAAGGACCGGUCUUUGCUGGCGAUGUUAGCUCAUCAGUGAGGCUGAUGGAACAGCUCGUGGACAUUUUGGAUGCUCAGCUUCAGGAACUACGGCCCAGUGAAAAAGACUCUGCUGGAAGGAGUUAUAACAAGCUCCAAAAACGAGAGAAGACGUGCAGGGCUUACCUUAAGGCAGUUGUGGAUACAGUGGACAACUUGCUCAGGCCUGAAGCUCUGGAGUCCUGGAAAGACAUGAAUUCUUCAGAACAAGCCCACGCAGCCACAAUGUUACUUGAUACAUUAGAAGAAGGGGCUUUUGUCUUGGCUGAUAAUCUUGUAGAACCAAGUAGAGUCUCAAUGCCCACAGAAAAUAUUGUUUUGGAUGUUGCAGUGCUUUCUACUGAGGGCCAGGUGCAAGACUUGCGAUUUCCUCAGGCUGGAAAAGGAGGCAACUGGAUUCAGCUCUCUGCACGAACCAUGAAACAGAACAGUAGGAACGGGUUAGCCAAACUGGUUUUCAUUAUUUACAAAAGUUUGGGACGGUUCCUCAGUACUGAAAAUGCAACCAUAAAGUUAGGCAGUGACUUGGCGGGGCAGAACAGCACAAUCGCUGUCAACUCCCACGUCAUCGCAGCCUCCAUCAACAAGGAGUCGAGCCGGGUGUACCUGACUGAUCCCGUGCAUUUCACACUGGAACACAUUGAUCCUGAUAAUUAUUUCAAUGCAAAUUGUUCCUUCUGGAACUACUCAGAGAGGACUAUGAUGGGAUACUGGUCAACUCAAGGCUGCAAACUGGUUGACACAAAUAAAACUCAUACAACGUGUGCUUGCAGUCACCUCACCAACUUUGCAAUUCUUAUGGCUCGUCGGGAAAUUGUGUACAAAGAUGGAGUGCACGAAUUGCUCCUCACUGUCAUCACCUGGGUGGGAAUUGUCAUCUCUCUUGUUUGCCUGGCCAUCUGCAUCUUCACAUUCUGUUUUUUCCGUGGCCUGCAAAGUGAUCGUAACACUAUUCACAAGAACCUUUGUAUCAACCUAUUCAUUGCUGAGUUCAUUUUCCUAAUAGGCAUCGAUAAGACAGAGUACAAGAUUGCAUGUCCGGUUUUUGCAGGUCUCUUACACUUUUUCUUCCUGGCAGCCUUUGCCUGGAUGUGUCUAGAAGGAGUGCAGCUUUAUCUAAUGUUAGUAGAAGUAUUUGAAAGUGAAUAUUCUAGAAAGAAGUACUAUUAUGUUGCUGGCUACCUCUUCCCUGCUACAGUAGUUGGUGUCUCAGCAGCUAUUGACUAUAAGAGCUACGGAACAGAGAAAGCUUGCUGGCUACAUGUAGAUAACUAUUUUAUCUGGAGUUUCAUUGGACCUGUUACCUUUAUUAUUCUGCUGAAUCUUAUCUUCCUGGUGAUCACAUUGUGCAAAAUGGUGAAGCACUCAAACACUUUGAAACCAGACUCUAGCAGGUUGGAAAACAUUAAAUCCUGGGUCCUGGGUGCAUUUGCUCUCCUGUGUCUCCUUGGCCUAACAUGGUCAUUUGGUCUGCUGUUUAUAAAUGAGGGGACCGUUGUGAUGACAUAUCUCUUCACAGUAUUUAAUGCUUUCCAAGGAAUGUUUAUUUUCAUCUUUCAUUGUGCCCUUCAAAAGAAGGUACGUAAGGAAUAUGGGAAAUGCUUCCGGCAUUCCUACUGCUGUGGAGGACUUCCAACUGAGAGUCCCCACAGUUCAGUGAAGGCAUCAACAACGAGAACUAGCGCUCGCUAUUCCUCUGGCACUCAGAGUCGGAUAAGGAGGAUGUGGAAUGACACUGUGAGAAAACAAUCGGAAUCGUCUUUUAUCUCAGGUGACAUCAACAGCACUUCAACACUUAAUCAAGGACAUUCACUGAACAAUGCCAGGGAUACAAGUGCCAUGGAUACUCUACCGCUAAAUGGUAAUUUCAACAACAGCUACUCACUGCGCAAUGGAGACUAUAACGACAGCGUGCAAGUUGUAGACUGUGGACUAAGCCUGAAUGAUACAGCUUUUGAGAAAAUGAUCAUUUCAGAGUUAGUGCACAACAACCUGCGGGGCAGCAGCAAGAACCACAACCUGGAGCGGGCGCUGCCAGCCAAGGCUGUGAUCGGCGGGAGCAGUAGCGAAGAUGACGCCAUCGUGGCAGACGCCUCAUCUUUGAUGCACAGUGACACCCCCGGGCUGGAGCUCCACCACAAAGAGCUGGAGGCCCCACUCAUCCCUCAGCGGACUCACUCCCUUCUGUACCAGCCCCAGAAGAAAGUGAAGACCGAGGGAACUGACAGCUACGUCUCACAGCUGACAGCCGAGGCUGACGACCACCUCCAGUCCCCCAACAGAGACUCUCUUUACACGAGCAUGCCCAACCUCAGAGACUCUCCCUACCCAGAGAGCAGCCCCGACGUUGAAGAAGACCUCUCUCCCUCCAGGAGGAGCGAAAAUGAGGACAUUUACUACAAGAGCAUGCCAAACCUAGGAGCUGGCCAUCAGCUUCAGAUGUACUAUCAAAUCAGCAGGGGUAAUAGCGACGGCUAUAUCAUUCCCAUCAACAAGGAAGGAUGUAUUCCGGAAGGAGAUGUUAGAGAAGGACAAAUGCAACUAGUGACAAGCCUUUAAUAGUGUAGCAAAGAAAUAUUAAAGGCCACAUUCAAGUAUUAAAAAGACUUAGUUGGCCCCAUGCAGGCUUCCUCAUAUCUGCUCGAAGAGACAAUUCUGUUGACCCCGUGGUUCUCCAGUAACAGGGAUGACUGGACCUCGCAGUUCUGUGAAUUUUUAUAAAACAAAAACUUUGUAUAUACACAGAGUAUACUAAAAUGAAUUAUUUGUUACAAAGAAAAGAAAUACCAACAAGGUAUUUAAGAUAUCUUCUGCUGCUGAAUUUAACAAAAUUGUGAAAAAAAAAGAGAAAUAAACACUUUCCAGCCAUUUUACUGCAGCAGGUUGUGAACUAAAUUUGUAAAUAUGGCUGCACCAUUUUUUUUUCUUAGGCCUACAUUGUAUUAUAUACAAGGCGUAGGCUUUAAAAUCCUGUGGGACAAAUUUACUGUACCUUACUAUUCCUGACAAGACUUGCAAAGGCAGGAGAGAUAUUCUGCAUCGGUUUGCAGUUCACUGCAAAUCUUUUCCAUUAGGGCAAAGAUUGAAUACAUGUCUAACCACUAGCAAUCAAGCCACAGGCCUUAUUUCAUAUAUUUCCUCAACUGUACAAUGAACCGUUCUCAUGAAAAAAAUGGCUAAAGAAAUUAUAUUUUGUUCUAUUGCUAGGGUAAAAUAAAUACAUUUGUGUCCAACUGAAAUAUAAUUGUCAUUAAAAAUAAUUUUAAAGAGUUUGAAGAAAAUAUUGUGAAAAGCUCUUGGUUGCACAUAUGUUAUAAGCUGUUUUUCUUACACUGUUCAUAGUACGAUAGUUUGUUUAAAAUGCAAGUUCUACCUGUUUUCACUUAUUUUUUCACUGUAAACAGUGUUCUGCUUUGACAAGUUAGUUUUUAUUCUUAAGUUUUGAAUUUUUAUUGCCAAAAAAAACAUAAUUUGGGGAGAAAGUUGUUUUAGAAGCCAAUUAUGCCAAGCCUUGCACAAAUUUGGUGUAGCUAACAAAGAUUGUAACUCAAUUCCCUGUUCAUUCUUUAAUCAGGGUUGGGUGGUAAGGGGUAAAGGGGACAUUGGACACUUCUCACAAGCUUUCUCGUGAAUAAAAGGUGCCUGUCCUAUAAAAAAAAAUUAAUAAAACAUAACUAUAACUCUUCCAUAUUCCUUCUGCCUAUAUUUAGUAAUUAAUUUAUUUUAUGAUAAAAAAUCAAAUGAAAUGUAAAUUGUUUCAACAAAAUUCUGCUUUUUUCAUCCCUUUGUGUAAACCUGUUAAUAAUGAGCCCAUCACUAAUAUCCAGUGUAAAGUUUAACACCUGUUUGACAGUAAAUAAAUGUGAAUUUUUUUCCAAA